AUGGGUCAACCAGUUCGUCUUUACUCUAAAGGUCGCGUUCUCGGAUUCAAACGUUCAAAAAGCAAUCAAUCACCAAAUACAACAUUAAUCAAAAUUGAAGGUGUUUCGGCUAAAGAAGAUACACAAUACUAUCUGGGAAAGCAUGUAGCCUAUGUAUAUCGUGCCAAGCGUGAGAAAAACGGAAGUAAAAUUCGCGUCAUUUGGGGUCAUGUAGCUAGGCCUCACGGUAAUGGUGGUGUCGUGAAAGCCAAAUUCAGAAAGAAUCUUCCCCCAAAGUGUUUUGGUGCGAGUGUUCGAAUUAUGAUGUAUCCAUCACGCAUUUGA